UAUAUUACUACACAGUUAUAUUACUCGCUAUUGUCCACCAUCAAAAACGCCGGCCUGUUGCCAUGCGAAAUGCUGAUCGGAACUGCAUGCAAUGGCAAGCAGCAUAUGGCCAAUUGAAAUCGCACCCAUCCGUGUAAAGCACUACCAACUUGCAUGCUCAUUUUGCAAGACGCGAAAAAUCAAGUGUGACAGACAGAGGCCUUCUUGUUCGUCGUGUAUCAAGCAUGACAGAGCAAACACAUGCUCCUUCAGAUCCCCGCAUCAGGGUCUCCUGCAGAAUUGUGAUUAUGUUAAGUAUCUAGAGCAGAGGAUUCGGUCGCUUGAAGAAGCCCAAAACGGGGACUUGCUAGAGAAAGAGCAAGAAGAUACGGCCCAUGAUGAGUUGAUAGACGAACUCAGCGCUGUGGAUGUGUUGACGUGGGAAUCGCCUGCACCUCUCAUGCAGCUACCCGGGAUUGUCCUUUGCUCUGCUGAUAUUACCGGCACACUUCAGCCUGCUGCAGGAGCAGUAGAGGAAUUGCCAAAGCCCAGUCUUCCGGAUAAGCAUAUCGGUGCGAAAUUAAUCCAGUGCUACUUAGAUCACAUCCACGCGUCAACGAUUCCUUUCAUUUCUGCACGUACCCUUUGGAGUCAGUUUGACUUGGUAUAUGCGGCAGAAUUUGAUAUGACCAAUGCCAAUCAUGCGCUUUAUGGACCUUGGUUUAAUGUUUUUAUUGCUAUGGCAAUAGCCACCUCUUUUCUGUCGCGCAAAGGCCAUUCGAUAAUAUCCACCACAGCUACAGCUUUCUUCCGACAGGCUGCUUGUCGUUUCCUUCUCGCAUAUAAGCGAAGAGAUACAACACAAAGUGCGCUGCAGAAAGUAUUAUUCUUAAUACAAUAUGCAAUGCUGAACCCAUCAGACCUGGAUGUCCAAUGUCUCAUCGGUGCUGGUGUGCGCAUGUGCAUUGAUCUUACAAUGCAUCAGGACUCCAACCUAAGCGUUGAACAAUCGCAGAUUCGGCAGAGUUUAUUUUGGGCGAUCUAUUACUAUGAUCGGUCCUUUUGCAUCGCACGGUCAGAGCCAUAUAGAUUACCACAUAUGGUCGAAGUGGACUAUCCGGAUUACGAUUCAGAAUUGCUUUAUUAUGCUCAAAAAUGCCACAUCAUGCAACUGCAGUCUGCAAUUUUCGAUGAGUUGUAUACAAAGACACAAACGUCGGAGGAUGUAGUCCCCCGGUUCGUUACAGACCUUGAAGCAUGGAGUCGAAAUAAUGCCCCUUUAAUAUCAUAUAAUGAAAGUCUAUCUCUCACUCUCGAGUACCAUCGCGCAUUGAUCCUCCUAUAUCGCCCAUGCAAAGGAUUAAAAGAGCGAUCAUUUAAUGAUAGUCUCUGCCUUUGGCGUUCCUCGCUCCACUACGCGACGUUUCAGAAGACAAAUGACGAGACAGUGGAUGUUGCAACAGCGACAGAGUGGGCCUAUAUGACUGGUAUUGCGCUGAUUUACUCCUUUUCGAGAAUCUUACAAUCUAGGAAUAAGGAUGGUGUAUCGGAUGGAAUAAAAGACAUCCAAAUCGGGAAUUUAUGGACUGGUCUGCAAAGUAUCUCCCACAGCCUGCACAUGAUAUCGGGGAAAUGGCCAAGUGCAAAGCCGAUCGCGAGCCGAUUUGAAACACAGGCAGAAAAUUCGAUUGUUGCUGUGGGCGAACUAAUAGAAGGUCGGACGGGCGUUAAUUUCCCAGCAGACGUUACGGAAUUCGAUCAACAUGGGAGUGUUACAAGGGGCCUUAUCUUUGGUAGAAAGAAAAAACAGGCGAAAGAAGAACCAUUUGAGGAAUUAAUUCAAGAUCUUCUUGAGUAUCAGAUAGCAUAAAGUUUUGCUCAUUAUUUAUGGCACUGAUUAAUCAUAACUUCUUCUCGUUUCAAUUGACUUUUGACAGUCUCCGCAAAGACUC